GCAAAAUCAUAUUAAUAAAGAGAGAGUUAAAAAAGACAGCUCGACCUUCACCUUCCUCGUUAGCCCUUCAUCAUCUUCUCUCACCUAACUCCACCACUCUCCUCUCUCUGUGUAGAAGAAGAAAGAUUGAAGUGUGAUAAUUACAACCCACCAACUAAAAGUCUAAAAACCCUUUCUUGAAUUCAACUCUACGCGUCGCUUACUACCCAAAAAGUUUUAAUCUUUCUAUUCCCCAACAGCCAUCAUUAACUACCCAUUUACUAAUCUCCUUCCCACAUUAAAGAUUGUCUCUUUAGUCCCCUCUGAGUUUGACCACCUCCACUGUUCUUCUUUCCCUCGAGAGAGAGUACCCAUCACUCCAAGUCUUGAUUUUUAAUAAGGAUAAAGAUGGCUAGAGUGCUAAAAUCCACCCAAUCAUGCCACUUCCCUUCACCUUCAAGCUCCUGCGUAGGCAGCAAUGAUGGUAACAGAGACCCACAUUCUCUUUUUAACAUUCCCCUCGAGGAAGAAGAAGACGAAACAAGCCAGAAAGAGAGAGAAAGAUUCGAGCUUUCAUCUUCCUUUGAGAUUCUCGCUUCUGCUAUCAGAAAGUCUUUAAUCAGUGGCUGCGUUGGCGAAGAGAUAAAUCUUUCUUCAAUGGAGAUUGGUGUCCCUACAGACGUUAGACACGUGGCUCACGUCACCUUCGACCGUUUCCACGGCUUCCUCGGCUUGCCCGUUGAGUUCGAACCUGAAGUCCCUACACGCCCUCCUAGUGCAAGUGCAAAGGUGUUUGGUGUCUCUACUGAGUCAAUGCAGCUGUCUUACGAUACUAGAGGGAACGUUGUGCCUACGAUACUCUUGAUGAUGCAGAGUCACUUGUACAGUAGAGGAGGGUUAAGGGUGGAAGGAAUCUUCAGGAUUAACGGUGAGAAUGGUCAAGAGGAGUAUGUAAGAGAAGAGUUGAACAAAGGUGUUGUGCCUGAUAACAUUGAUGUUCAUUGCUUGGCAAGUCUCAUUAAGGCUUGGUUUAGGGAGCUUCCUACUGGUGUGUUGGACUCGCUCUCGCCAGAGAAAGUGAUGGAGUCUGAAAGCGAAGAAGAGUGUGUUGAGCUUGUGAGGAUGCUUCCUUCAACGGAAGCUUCUUUGUUGGAUUGGUCAAUCAAUCUGAUGGCUGAUGUUGUGGAGAUGGAAUGUCUUAACAAGAUGAAUGCUAGGAACAUAGCUAUGGUUUUCGCACCUAACAUGACUCAGAUGUUGGAUCCUUUGACGGCUCUGAUGUAUGCUGUGCAAGUCAUGAACUUUCUCAAGACACUUAUUGUGAAGACGCUUAAGGACCGGAAAGAGUCUCGAGAUAGGUUGGUUCCAGGUUCGAACCCGGGUCCUAGGGACGAGAAUGGUGAUCAGAGUAGCAGACAGUUGUUGCAUCUCAUAGAAGUUAACAAGGAGGAAGCUGUAGAUACCGUUGAGGUGGAAAUGAAAGACAAAGAGGAGUCUGAAGUACAAGAACCUAGAGAGAUUCUUGGUGUAAAGUCGUCUCUGAUUAAAAGCUGCCAGUAUAAUAACAAUGGAGGUUUUGGAAAGAAGCAGAAAGGUUGGGAGGAGAAGAGGAAGAUGAAGAAUGCUAGUAGUAUUGUGGGACGUGUGAAUUACAGAGUUGAGCUUUUUGAAGCUUGGCGAUGAAAAAAAUAGAUUCCAUUCAUUCAUGUUCUUGAUCCAACUUUUGGGUUUUCUUGAUUUUGGUUUUGUGGGAUGGUUUUGAUGAUGGUUGCUUGUGUAUCAAGAGAUGCUGCAUUUCUGCAUAUAAUGUCAAAGAUAAGGUUUUUGCUUCA